AUCAGGACGCUGAACCUCUCCGUAUGUGAGGAAAUCUGCUGAGCUCGCCACACACUACUACAUUAAUCCUUCAACAAUGGAGCCUAAUGUGGAUGGGCUGAUACUUGCUACCCGAGGGGAUUACAAGGCUACAUUGACUAAGUCAGAUGAGUUUGAUCCCAAGCUUGCGGCGAUGAUGGUGAAUGUGGUGGAUGUUACUAUUGGAGGAGAAGGCGGUUUCCAUAUUGCUAUCCACCAGACAUCUAAAGUCCUGGCGAAAGACAGGCGUAUAAUUGUCAAGGUGUUUGACGAGAUCACCGAGGAAACUGGCAAGUAUUUAUAUGGCCUUGAUGAUACGUUGAAGGCCCUGGAGUCCAAGCCGUGUGCUGUCGAGACACUUAUUCUGUGGGAAAAUCUUGAUAUCAACAGAUAUGUGAUGAAGAACCGUGAAACGGGUGAAACUGUGAUCAAACACCUGAACAAGGAAGAUGAAGGCAACAUUGAAUUAGAUGUGGAGGAGAAGAUGUCGCUUUUGGAUUGGCUGCGUAAUGAAUGCGCACGUUUUGGCUGUGCGCUAGAAUUUGUAAACGACAAAUCACUUGAAGGGAAACGGUUUUGCAAAGGGCUUGAAGGGAUCGGAGCGAUACUUCGUUACCCGCUUGACCUGUGAGUGCCGUUCGUUGAUCCUGAGGAUGGAAAAGCCUAAUCAAGAAGAUGGACCACAUUCAAGCCUGUACACUGGUUAUUAAAGUUCUCUUGAGAAUACUGGUUAUCAAAGUUGUUGUGCAUUCGGAAGCCUACACGUCAGAGAAGAAAUUACGUACAAAUCCGUAUAUUAUCAUCUCGUAAACGUUUUGGCAUCUCAUAGUUUUAAUAUAGUGCACAACAACAAAACCAUUGGAAAUGUCUGAACCAGAUAGGUUACAUUAUCAUUUAUCAAUCACUAAGGGUUUAUAGUAGAUAUGAAGAAAUGUAACUAAAAUAUCAUCAAACAGCAAACGUGUAGGCCAAUAACUUUUCAGAAUUGAUUGAUUCCACAAUUGCGGUAACAUAUACUGCCUCUGUGUUGAACGAGAUCCCAGCGAUUCUCCAAACAGAUCAAUCUCUUGGGACUGUAGAAACCUGGAAUCCGAGUCAAAGAAGGCUCAGCCAUGGCAAGAAACCACACCAUACUUCCCGGUGAUGAACUUCAGUCCUCUGAUAGGACUCAUGUUUUCCUUUCUGGGCAGCAUAUGAUUCUGAUGGAUUCCGAAUGUCUCAGAGACAGCAUAUCGUGUCUUGGUUUCCCAGUUGCUAAGAUGAUUAGACAAUUUGGGUGCCACGCAGAUGCGAACGCAAAGUCCUUUUUGUCCCUAGAGACUUGAAAUUACCUGCACUGUCACCCCGAGUCCAAUAACAACACUUAUGAGAGCUUCAAAAAGUUUCAGCAGUUCAAUUCUUAGCCUAUAGGUCUACGCUGUAUCUAGCCUAGGACUGAAUUUAGCUGAUUAGAGAGGCUGUUCAAGUCUAUCAUCAACCAAAGUCCCUGGUUUGGUAAUGACUUGAACAAGAAAAGUAUUUUAUAGCUUUUAUUCGUCGGAAAGCUAAAUGGUUACACAUAUAUAUAUAUAUAUAUAUAACCAUUUAGUUUUCCUAAACGUAAGAGACAAGAUGGGAUCGACAAAUGUGAUGUCAAAUUGGACAAAGUGGAACUAUAAUUGGAGUAUAUAUCUAAUUAAUAAAUGGGUACCCUAGAACCAUGGUCCAUAGGUCUAUGGCCAGUAGACUCAU